AUGGAUGAUCAAAUCUGCCCAAGGUGCAAGACCUCAAAAUACAGGAAACCAUCAAUGAAGUUGAUGGUAAAUGUUUGUGGACAUGCUCUUUGUGAGGCGUGUGUAGAUUUACUUUUUUUAAAAGGAGCUGGUUCAUGUCUUGAAUGCAAUGUGCCACUUCGAAGAUGUAAUUUUCGGGUUCAGCUCUUUGAAGAUCCUAUGGUUGAAAAGGAAGUGGAUAUAAGACGACGUGUUCUCAGAGAUUUCAAUAAAAGAGAAGAAGAUUUCAAUACACUCCGUGAAUAUAAUGAUUACCUUGAAGAAGUAGAGUCUAUAGUGUAUAAUUUAACAAAUAAUAUUGACAUUAUAGCCACAAAUAAAAAAAUUGAGCAAUAUAAAAAAGAUAAUAGGGAUACUAUUAUGAGAAAUAAAAGCAAGGUGAGUCGGGAUGAGCUUGAAAUAGAAAGACUUAUUGAAAUGGAAAAAGCUCAUGAAGAAAUACGGAGGAAAGAAUGUUUGAAACUUGAGGAAGAGGAAAAGAAAAAGAAAAUACGAGCCAAAGAAGCUCUGAUUGAUGAGUUAAUGUUUUCUAGUGCUGAUGCUAGAAACAUUUUAGAAACGUUUGCUCAAAAUGCAAAAGAGGAAGUGAAAGCCCAGGCUCCAGUUCCAAAAGCUACACAAUUUUCCACUGGCAUUGGAUUUGGAAUGCAGCAACAGUCUGGAUUUUUACCUCUUCCUAAAGUGGAUGAAGGUGUGCCAUUCAUUUAUAGCGCAAUGGAAAUAGAAACAGAUGGUCCUGAACCUCCACACUGGCAUGAUAUAGAGAAAACAGGUUAUGUGAAAAAUGUGCGGUCUGAAACUGACCAAGAAAGAGCUGGAGGAUAUCAGGCAAAUAUAGCCUGCUUGAGAGCAUUGCAAGAAGCUUUGCUUGGACUGUAUCAUGUGGCGGAACGGACAGAACUUGGAUUGUAG